GGUGCGUACCCAUUAAUUACCGCUGCAUUGACUCUUGGAAGAAUUUGAAAAGGAAAACGAAAAUGAUAUAUAAACCCGAGCAAUCUCCGCUAAAAUUGGUGGGCUAUUGCUAAAUUUAGCGACAUCGAAUAAUCCCCUCAUUUGCCCCCCACCCCAUACAUCUCCCCUCAAUCACCGGAUCAGAGAACGACAGAGACUGAAAUGCCUCACUGAGAAAAUAACACAAACAGAUAGACAGAUGCCCAGAUAGAGGUAGAGGUCGAGUCAGGGGAAAUUUCAAACUUCAAAGUUUGGAUUUGAUGUCUCCACCACCGAAUUACGAGUUUCAGGAAUGGUGGAACAAGGAGAAAGAGAGGAAUCAUGGGUUGUUCCUGGAUAAAUCUGAAAACCCUAACUGGUCCGCCGUUGAGAUCGGUAGCCCCACCGGUGAUGCUGAUUCAACAGCGGUCGAGAAAGAGCGAAGUCGUAACGCUCGUCAGCUCUCCUGGGUUUGUCUCCUCAAAUUUCAACAAGCUGCCAAUUGCCUCGCCUGGCUCACAAAUGGGUUCCUUUAUGUCCUCCGAACUGCCAAUCGGAGAGUUAUCUCGUCUUCGUCGUUGUCGAAUUCUAAUUCCGAUUCGCCUUCUAGGUCUGAAUCGAGGCUCUAUCGGGUUAUUAAGAUUUUCUUGGUUCUCGUCAUUCUGUUAUUGCUGUUUGAGCUUGUGGCUUACUUCAAAGGAUGGCAUUUUAGUCCGCCUUCGAUUGCGUCGGCCGAGGUUCUGGGUUUGGUUGAGCUUGUUUACGCGAAUUGGCUUUUCGUGAGGGCGAAUUAUCUGGCUCCUCCGUUGCAGUUGCUAACGAAUGUUUGUAUUGUUUUGUUCUUGAUCCAGUCUUUGGAUCGGGUCAUCUUGAUGCUGGGAUGCUUUUGGAUCAAGUUUCGCCGGAUUAAGCCCGUUGCAGCGAUGGAAUAUUCAGGGGACACGGAAAAUGGAAUUGCUGAGGAUUAUCCAAUGGCGCUUAUACAGAUCCCAAUGUGCAAUGAGAGGGAGGUUUAUCAACAAUCAAUUGCAGCAGCAUGCAUCCAAGAUUGGCCAAGAAACAGAAUGCUUGUACAAGUCCUUGAUGACUCUGAUGAUUUGGAUGUCCAGCUCCUCAUCAAGAAUGAAGUUCAGAAGUGGCAACAGAAGGGUGUGAGGAUCGUAUAUAGACACCGACUUAUUCGAACAGGCUAUAAGGCAGGGAACCUGAAAUCUGCAAUGAGCUGUGACUAUGUAAAAGAUUAUGAGUUUGUUGCAAUAUUUGAUGCUGAUUUUCAACCAGGAUCAGACUUUUUGAAGAAAACAAUUCCCCAUUUCAAGGGGAAUGAUGAUCUAGCAUUGGUCCAGACAAGAUGGACCUUUGUAAACAAGGAUGAAAACUUGCUCACAAGGUUGCAGAACAUAAACUUGUCCUUCCACUUUGAGGUUGAACAACAAGUAAAUGGUGUAUUUAUCAACUUCUUUGGUUUCAAUGGUACUGCUGGUGUAUGGAGGAUUAAAGCUUUGGAGGAAUCAGGUGGUUGGAUGGAAAGAACAACUGUUGAGGACAUGGAUAUUGCUGUUCGAGCUCAUCUUAAUGGAUGGAAGUUCAUAUAUCUGAAUGAUGUAAAGUGCCUUUGUGAACUCCCAGAAUCCUAUGAAGCAUACAAGAAACAGCAGCACCGAUGGCAUUCAGGUCCAAUGCAGUUGUUUCGCAUGUGCUUCUUUGACAUCCUUCGUUCAAAGGUAAGUUGGGCAAAGAAGGCCAAUUUGAUCUUUCUUUUCUUCCUGUUAAGGAAACUCAUCCUGCCCUUGUAUUCAUUCACUCUCUUCUGCAUUAUUCUCCCAUUGACAAUGUUCCUGCCAGAAGCUGAAUUACCAGCUUGGGUGGUAUGUUAUGUGCCUGGAAUCAUGUCCGUUUUGAAUAUCCUUCCAGCCCCAAGAUCAUUCCCAUUCAUUGUCCCUUACCUUCUAUUUGAGAACACAAUGUCAGUUACAAAAUUCCAUGCAAUGAUAUCGGGACUAUUCAGACUUGGCAGUUCCUAUGAGUGGAUUGUAACUAAGAAGUUGGGUAGAUCAUCAGAGGCAGAUUUAGUUGCUUUUGUGGAAAAGGAAUCCAAUGAAGUAGAACGUGCAGGUCUCCUCAGGGCUUCUUCAGAAUCAGACCUUGCUGAGCUGAACAAAUUAGAGAAGACCAAGAAAACCACAAAUAAAAGGAGAAACCGUUUGUACAGGAAGGAACUUGCUCUUGCAUUUAUUUUGUUGUCUGCAUCCUUAAGAAGCUUAUUGUCUGCACAGGGGAUUCACUUCUACUUUUUGUUAUUUCAAGGAAUCACUUUCCUUGUAGUCGGUCUUGAUUUGAUUGGAGAGCAAGUGAGUUGAUGUGAAUUAUUAGUCUAUAAAUGGUGAUUCUUUUAAGGUCCUUUCAUUUUUGUGGUACUCAAAGGAGACCGAAACCUGGGGGAUUAGAAGUUUCAAUGACCCAAAACUCUAGCAUUAAUCUCCGGUGUUCUUUAAGGGCCUUUUCUGUUCUAUACAUUCUUCUAUGGUUCCUGCCACAUUCCAUCAAAGCUCCCAGGUUUAGUGAUUCCAUCUUUGCAGCAUUUGUCUUGCUCAUAUAUGCAUUAUAUUUAUUGACUGCUUGAGAAAGGAUUGAUAUGUUACUGUUGCUGAGUCACAUCUUUGUUACUGUAAAAGUAUUUUGAGGUCUCAAUGGUGGAAAAGAGGCCCUGUACACUCCUGAGAUAUGGAUGCUUUGUGCUCUGCCGAUUUGGUGUAAUUCUUAUGUACAUCAUUUGCCCGUCCAGAAUGUGGCGUCAUUAGAAUUAUUAAACUUUACAUUUUUUAUUGAAUGAUUCAAUUAUAUCUAGUGUUUUAGAUAAAAUUGUUCUCAGUCCGUUAUAGUUAUGAAGUAUGUUUUCAUGGUUGCGUUAGGCAGGUCCUGUACUGUACUGCCACAAAUAAUCAAUGUCAUAAUUUUUCUAUCGUAAGUUCAAAUCA